AUGUUAUCUUCCUAUAUAUUAUUAUAAGAUAUCUACACAACCAAAGAAUAUGAAAAUUUAGAUUUAGAAGUUAUUGAAUCAAUUAGUUUUAUUAAGAUACCUUAUUAUAAUAAAGAUGAUAAGACUGUCCUUUAUGAAGCCUUAUCUAUUACUUUCAAUUAUUAUGACUCCUAUUUUACUAGAACUAAUACAAAAUUAUAUAAAUACAUAUCUAAUUUAUCUAGCUGCAAUGUGCUUUUUUAAAAAGCAUAAGCAUAUGAGAUAUCGAUAGUAAUUAGCUUUUAAAAAUGA